CUGAUGACCUCAGAAGGAGGCAGUAUAAAGCUCACAUUAUGAAGCACUUGGGAUCAGAAACCCCUACCAGCUUUUGUAUAACUCCAUCAACAUGCGAGAAAUUGUACAUCUUCAAAUUGGACAAUGUGGCAACCAGAUUGGCUCAAAGUUUUGGGAAGUGAUCAGCGAAGAACAUGGCAUCAAUGCCACAGGAAUCUAUGAAGGAGACUCCAGUGUACAGCUGGAGAGGGUCAACGUCUACUUCAAUGAGGCUCAUGGUGGAAAAUACGUGCCCAGAGCUCUACUCGUUGACCUGGAGCCAGGAACUAUGGACAGUGUCAGAGGGAGUCGAAUUGGGCCCCUUUUUAGACCUGACAAUUUCAUUCAUGGAAACUCUGGAGCUGGGAACAACUGGGCAAAGGGCCACUACACAGAGGGGGCUGAGCUUGUAGAGCAGGUGAUAGAUCGGGUGAGGAAUGAGAGUGAAAGCUGCGACUGCCUCCAGGGCUUCCAGCUGGUCCACUCUUUGGGUGGUGGCACUGGUUCAGGCAUGGGCACCCUUAUUAUCAACAAGAUCAGAGAGGAAUACCCUGACCGCAUCAUGAACAGCUUCAGCGUUAUGCCGUCUCCAAAAGUUUCGGACACAGUUGUGGAGCCCUACAAUGCCACAUUGUCCGUGCACCAACUCCUGGAGAACACAGAUGAGACCUUCUGCAUCGACAAUGAAGCCCUCUAUGACAUAUGCUUUCGUACGCUGAAGCUCACAACACCAACAUAUGGAGAUCUCAACCAUCUUGUCUCCUUGACAAUGAGUGGGGUAACUACUUCGCUCAGAUUUCCAGGGCAGCUCAAUGCUGAUUUGAGAAAACUAGCUGUAAACAUGGUGCCGUUUCCUCGUCUUCAUUUCUUCAUGCCGGGCUUUGCCCCUUUAACUCCUCGUGGAAGCCAACAGUAUAGAGCACUGACUGUUCCUGAGCUUACACAGCAAAUGUUUGAUGCACGUAAUAUGAUGACUGCAUGUGAUCCCAGAAGAGGGCGCUACCUUACAGUGGCAGGUGUAUUUCGUGGGCGUAUGUCAACUAAAGAAGUAGAUGAGCAAAUGCUUGCAAUCCAACAGAAAAAUAGCAACUAUUUUGUGGACUGGAUCCCUCAUAAUGUGAAGGUGGCUGUGUGUGACAUCCCACCAUGUGGUCUCAAAAUGGCAUCCACAUUCAUCGGCAAUAACACAGCUAUUCAAGAGAUCUUUAGACGGGUCGGUGAGCAGUUUUCAGUCAUGUUUAGGCGCAAGGCGUUUCUGCAUUGGUAUACUGGAGAAGGUAUGGAUGAAAUGGAGUUUACAGAAGCUGAGAGCAACUUGAACGACCUGGUGUCAGAGUACCAACAGUACCAAGAUGCUACAGCAGAAAUGGAUGGGGAUGGUGAGGAAGAGGAGGAGGAGGUGCCCUUUUCAAUACCAGCAGCCAAUGUGCAGCCCCAAACAGAGGUUCGAUUGGAAACAGUGACUGAGAUAAGUGGGGAGACAGUGGAUGAAUAGAAAUGAUUGUAAAAAGUGAUGGGGAAAAUGUAAAUGUUUGUCUAAAAGAGUAUUCUGAUGUUUUAUGUAAUUCAGUUAUUUUAAAAGUAAGAUUUGAUGCUUUGGCCAAAAAGUGGGUGUUUUUUACACUCACAAUGGAUACAGUUGACAGUUUGACUUUGUUGACAUUUUGUCCCUUGUGCUACAAAUUGUCUGUGUUUCCCAUAGAUUUGGUUACAAUUAUGAUUGUACAGAUCAUUUUUGUUUGCAUUAUUUAAUCUCCUUCAACUUGUGGAGUAUAAAUGUCACUUACUUCCUAUAUUUAAUCUUUAAGUCAUUUUUGACCAGUGUAUGUAUGUAUGUAUGUAUAUAUAUAUAUAUAUAUAUAUAUAUAUAUAUAUAUAUAUAUAUAUAUAUAUAUAUAUAUAUAUAUAUAUAUAUAUAUAUAUAUAUAUAUAUAUAUAUAUAUAAACAUUUAGUUUUGAAAACAAAAAUGAAAACUUGCAAGCAUAUAAUUAAUUUGUGUCAUUUUUUUAACAAUAUGGCCACUUUUUUGUGAUAACUUUUUAAUUAGCUAAAUUGUCCAUUGACGGACAGCAUGCUGACAGCUUGUGCCACAGUGUUUCCUCCCACUGUUACAAUCUGGGGCAUGGUGAUUACACAGAACUAGGCUGGAGUGUCUGUGCCCACAGAUAAGCUGGCAUGACGUGUAAAUGACCUGCUGACAAACUAUAGUCUACUUCGAAGGCCCUUUAUACAUAAAUGGAUAUGGCUUGAUUAUACUGAAUACAAAUUAGUUUUGCUCUAGUGAAUAUUCUUUUUAGAGUUCAAUGAUGAUUUUUGAGAUUUAUUUAGGCCUGUUUGUUCAUAUUAAAAUGCUGUUAAAUACAA